UGCCGGAUGUGUUAUUGUUGUAGCUGGCCGUAGUCAACAGGCAGGGGAAUGCGGUUUAUCAGCUGACCAAAAAAGAAGUUUGCUGUGAAAUGGAUUUGUGUGUGAGUGUAACUCCUGAAGAAACGACAGAAGCAACAGCCAGGGAGUCUCUCACAGUGAGCAUCACAGGAUCUUGAUGAUUGGACUGAUCUCUACCAACUACAGCACAGAGAUCUCUCCAGACUAUGGCUUCAGAACAAACACACUCUGUUUUUUCCUUUCUGAACUAGCACAAGUAAACCUUUCUGUUUAACACCUCCUGUCUUAGUGUUCUUUUACGCCCUCAACCUUCCCUGUUUUCUCUCAUCUUUACUUUGUGAGUAGCCUGUCUGUCUGUUAAAAUGGAUGGCACAGAGCCUGUGCAGCCUAGUGUCAACUCUUCCUAUGUUCCGAAUGCUUUUGGCAACCACGAUGCAUCAGAGGAUGAGGAGAACGAGGACGAGAGUCCCUCUGCGUCCCUCCUGCCCAAGCAUUCCUCAGUGCCUCUGGCUGUACGCCACAGUCCAGAGGACUCUUACAAUUUGGUGUACAUCAUCUUUUUUCUGAUGGGCAUCGGCUCCCUGCUGCCCUGGAACUUCUUCAUAACAGCCAAACACUACUGGCUCUACAAACUGAGUAACAACACUCAUCACAGCGGCAAUGAGGAUCAACGAUCAGAUCUCAGUGACUACUUUGAAAGUUAUCUGGCCAUUGCCUCCACGGUGCCCUCUGUGCUGUGUCUGAUACUCAACUACGUCCUAGUGAACAGAUUGUCUUCGAACGUCCGGAUCCUGUUGUCUCUCUUUGUGAUCCUGCUGGUGUUUGUGGUGACCACAGUGAUGGUGAAGGUGGACGUGUCAGACUGCAGUGUGGAGUUCUUCAUCGGCACGUUGGCCAGCGUGGCUGUCGUCAGUGGAGCCUCCAACCUCUUCUCUGGCAGUGUGUUCGGGAUCAGUGGGCAUUUCCCCAUGAGGAUCUCUCAGGCCCUAUUAUCAGGCCAGGCUAUGGGAGGCACGCUGAGUGCAGUGGCAUCAGUACUAGACCUGGCAGUCGCGAAGGAUGUGACAAACAGCGCUCUGGCUUAUUUCCUGACAGCCGACGUCUUCAUUCUGCUCUGCAUCAUCACGUACCUGCUGCUGCCCAAGCUGGCAUAUUCAAGACACUACAUGCUGGCAGCAACAUGCACCAGUGCUGCAGUGAUGAGCGAAGGUGGAGACGCUGCAGGCACAGCGAGCAGAGUCUCUGUCCCACCACUCCAGCCCAUCCUCAGGAAGACGUGGGUGCUCGGUCUGAGUGUAUUCUAUGUCUUCUGCAUCUCUAUCAUGGUGUUCCCCGCAGUAUCCUCAGGGAUCCAAUCUGUCCACAAAGACAGUGUCAGCCCCUGGACAACCACUUACUUUGUGCCCCUCACCAGUUUCCUCCUGUACAAUGUAGCAGACUUCUGUGGCAGGCAGGCCACAGCUUGGCUGCAGGUCCCGGGCCCCACCAGCCGAGUCCUGCCGGCACUGGUGCUGUGUCGCUCCAUCAUGGUCCCACUUUUUAUGUUCUCUAACUACCAGCCGAGAGACCACCUCCACUCAGUGCUAUUCACACAUGAUGUAUACCCUGUGGUCUUUAACUGCCUGCUAGGCCUCUCUAAUGGCUACCUAGGCACUCUACCAAUGAUCUAUGGUCCAAAGGUGGUACCUCGGGAGCUGGCAGAGGCCACAGGAGUGGUCAUGUCCUUCUUCCUCACUCUGGGACUGGCUGUUGGAUCUGCAUUCUCUGUGCUUAUUGUGCACUGUAUCUGAUCAGGCUGUUAGGUAAUAACCUAGUCAUGUACAGUGGCAUAGUGGAGCUGGACAGUCAGUGCACCUGCUGCUGAUGAAUAUCAGAACCUCAAAGCACUGUGAUGCAAAGUGCAUCAGGAAAGACAGUUUUUCUGGUAUGAGCGAAAGUCCUGAUAAGCUCAUUGCCACUCUUGACCAAAAGGCUUCAUACCUCACGUGAAUAUGUAUUAUGUUUACACUGAUGUGGCUCAUGAUUGUGAUGAGUCUUAGAGCUGUGUCCACCAGAGCUUAGUCUCUACAUAUUUGAAAGGUGGAAGUGAUUCAGUGGCUUUGAGCAACAUUUGCAAUCAGUGCAAUCCAUAAGGGACAAUUCAUUAGACAAAGCUUUAUUUUAAUCAUUUCAUAUUACACAAAUUUAUUUCAAGAGGGGAAAACUUGGGGUAUACAAGCUGAUAUGCAGAGGGUGUUAAAUUUUAUUUUGGUUCAACUUGAAUGAAAUAUGCAGAUUGCAAAGAAGCUCCACAUCUUACUGAGGGAUAUGGUUAGAAGAAUCUGGCAAAUUGUCAAUAAACAGGUUGUAAUUUA